UAUGGCGCCGGCUCUCAUUACAAUUUUUAGACAGAGAAUUUUGGUUUUUAAAGAGAGAAAGAGACUCAUUAUAUUUAGCGGUGAUCGAAAUGCUGGAAUAUCGGUGCCUCAUUUGCAUGGCUUAGAGCGAUUUGCAGCCUCUGGUCAGCUCUUCUUGGUUCUGGUCAGGAGGCUGAUAGUUCAAUUUGAGGGCUGCCUAUUUGAGUUUGAAUCUUUCUUUCCCUUCUUGGUGCCAAAACCUGACUUUGUUUGGUUUUAGAAGGGAAAGAAAGAAAGCAAUUAAGGGAAAAUCGAUCUUUUGUAUUUUACGGAUUUGCUGAAUAGAUUUGGAAUCUGAACAUGAGUGUAGUUUCUGGUGUAAUUUCGAGGCAAUUAUUGCCCGCAUGUGGUAGUCUUUGUUUCUUUUGCCCUGGUCUGAGGGCAAGGUCCAGACAGCCAAUCAAGAGGUACAAGAAGAUCAUUUCUGGUAUUUUUCCCCGAAACCAGGAGGAUGGUCCUAAUGAACGGAUGAUUGGGAAACUAUGUGAAUAUGCUUCAAAAAAUCCUUUGCGCAUCCCAAAGAUCACAAAUUCUCUUGAACAAAGGUGUUACAAGGAACUGAGGAAUGAGAACAUUCACUCUGCCAAAAUUGUGAUAUGCAUUUACAGGAAAUUGUUGACCUCUUGUAAGGAGCAAAUGCCUCUGUUUGCAAGCAGCUUAUUGAGCAUUAUGCAUAUUCUACUGGAUCAAACACGACAGGGUGAACUACAACUUAUAGGAUGUGAUACUCUUUUUGACUUUGUAAAUAAUCAGAAGGAUGGAACUUUCAUGUUUAAUUUAGAAGGCUUUCUUCCUAAACUCUGUCAGUUAGCUCAAGAGGUAGGAGAAGAUGAUAGAGCAAAAAAUCUACGUUCAGCGGGAUUGCAAGCCCUCUCUUCAAUGAUUUGGUUUAUGGGUGAACACUCUCAUAUUUCAGUGGAGUUUGACAAUAUUGUUUCAGUCGUCCUGGAAAAUUAUGAAGGUUCUGUGAAAAAUUCUGUGAACCUUGACGGUGACAAACAAGAUCCUCCAGAUAGGUGGGUGCAAGAAGUGCUAAAAAAUGAAGGUCAUGCGAUUCAUGCCAAUCCUCAACCAGAUUCUAUGACAAGGGUUCCUUCUUGGAGGACAGUUGUAAAUGAAAAAGGAGAAGUAAAUGUGACAGCGGAAGAUGCACAGUCUCCCAGCUUUUGGUCCAGGGUCUGCUUGUAUAACAUGGCUCAGCUAGGGAAGGAGGCCACAAACAUUCGCCGUGUAUUGGAAUCUUUGUUCCGUUACUUUGACUUUACGAAUUUAUGGUCUCUUGAUUAUGGUGUUGCCUACCCAGUUUUAAAGGAUAUGCAGUUGCUAAUGGAAAAUUCUGGGCAAAAUACACAUGUUCUGUUGUCCACAUUGAUUAAGCAUCUUGAUCACAAAAAUGUCCUUAAACAACCCAACAUGCAGCUUGAGAUUGUUGAGGUUACCACCUCUCUUGCUCGAGAUGCAAAGGUAGAGUCUUCCAUGGCAAUAAUGGGUGCAGUGAGUGAUGUUAUGAGACAUUUGCGGAAAAGCAUACAAUGCUCUCUUGAUGAUGCAAAUAUGAGUGAUGACAUAAAAAUUUGGAACAAAAAGUUUGGAGAAGCAUUGGACAAAUGCCUUGUGGAAUUAUCAUAUAAGGUUGGAGAUGCUGGCCCAAUUCUUGAUGUUAUGGCUGUGAUGUUGGAAAAUAUCUCUACUGUUACGGUUAUGGGCAGAACGACAAUUUCAGCUGUUUAUCGCACUGCUCAAAUUGUAGCUCAAAUACCAAAUUUGUCCUAUCAAAACAAGGCAUUCCCUGAGACUUUAUUUCAUCACUUGCUCCGAGCUUUGAUUCACCCUGACCAUGAAAUACGACUUGGGGCUCACCGCAUCUUUUCUGUUGUUCUCGUGCCAUCUUCAGUUGCCCCUUGUCAAUCCUUAACCAUACCUAAACCGAAGAAAGGUUUAGAACUUCGAACUCUUUCAAGAACUGUCUCAGUCUUUUCUUCCUCAGCUGCCCUUUUUGAGAAGAUAAGGAAGGAGAAUACUUACUUUAAGGAGAAGGGCUACCAAGACCAUGAAGAAGCUGUUCUUGAGAGUGAACAAAUUAGGAAUGGGAUGCUUGAUACUUUGAAAUUCUCAAAAAGUCGCGUCUACUCUAUGAAAAAUCCUCCUACACCUAUAACUCCAGAUGAAAAUUCUGUGAGUGAUUCUGACAAGGAAGCAGCACAGGAAUCUGCUUCUUUAAGGCUGAACAGCCGUCAGAUUAGUCUCAUGCUGACAUCAAUUUUUGCACAGUCUGUGUCUCCUUCAAAUACACCCGAAAACUAUGAAGCAAUUGCUCAUACAUAUAGCCUGGUUUUGCUGUUCUCUCGAGCAAAGAAUUCUAGUCAUGAGUCUUUAAUACGAAGCUUUCAGCUUGCAUUUUCCUUGAGAAACAUUGGUGUUAAUGCAGCAGUGCCACUCCCACCAUCACGUCUUAGGUCACUCUUUACCUUGGCAACCUCAAUGAUCCUCUUUUCAUCGAAAGCCUAUAAUAUUGUUCCACUUGUUCAGCGUGCCAAGAUGGUGCUUACAGAAAAAAUGGUUGACCCAUUUUUGCAAUUGGUUGGGGAUAGGAAGUUGAAGUCUGUUAAUGCUGAAACCAACAACCUCACAAAUCGUUAUGGAUCUAAGGAGGAUGAUGAUUCUGCUCUGAAAUUUCUUUCAGCAAUGGAUGUCACGGGAGACCAAAGCAAGGAAUCCUUUGCUGCUGAGAUUGUUAAGAGCUUGGAAAAUUUGUCGAAUACUGAAAUGUCCAGCGUCUAUAAGGAGCUGCUUAAUGAAUUCUCACCUGAUGAAGUACAUCCAUUGGGAGGCCAGUUUAUGGAUAAUCUAGAUCAGCAGCGUGCUUCGGUGGUAACCAUUGAUGACGAUUUAUUUCUAGAUUCCUCAGACGCUCUAGCCAAAACUAAUAAGGCAGUGGUCUUCCAAGACCCCAAACUUUUGAGUGUCAAUCAGCUUAUUGAAUCGGUCUUGGACUCUGCACAUCAAGUUGGAAGAGUCUCUGUAACUGCACCCGAUGCAACUUAUAAGGAAAUGGUUAAUCACUGUGAGACACUUCUAAUUGGAAAGCAAAGGAUGUCCAAUGUGAUGAGUGCCCAAAUAAAACAGGAGAGCUUGGUUAACGCCCAACAGAAUCGUGGCGAGGAGGCAAAAAAGGCUGGCAAUUCUUUCCAUAAUCUAAACAUAAGUACAAUCCCGCCAAGCUCGUCAUCCGUUGGGAAUCUUCCAAUGCAAUGUGCAACAGAAUACCAACAUCAUCCCAACUUCUUCAGGUUACCACCCUCAUGCCCAUAUGAUAACUUCCUAAAAGCUGCUGGUUGUUGAUACUAAUGAAGCAUGAGAACGAACUUCUUCCUCAGCUAGACAAGAAAACUGCCUUAGGCCUCACAGUUCAAGGAACAUACAUAAACUAUUCUUAAAAGACAGCAGGUUCCUGCAGCAUUGCAGCGUCAGAAAUGCGAGCAAGAUUGGUUGAUCUUGUUAAGUUUCCUAUUAAAUUCUUUAAUUCUUUAACCUUUCUUGCUUGUCUCUGUAAGAUUUUGUGCAGUGACUUGCAAUUUGCUUCUUCAAUCACUUGGAGAUUGAGCUUACAAUCAAGGGUUCAAUCUUCUUAGUAUAUAAAGAAAAAUUAUAUGUUAAUAUGUCACUCUUUCCAUCAAUGGAGAGGGAUAGAGAGUGUAAAAUUCAGACUUGUAAUCACAUACAUAUAAUAUAUUUAUUUUGAGGGAUGCAAGUUUAACAGGAUCAAAUCCUGUAUUAUUCUACAGGUUAGGGUUUUUUUUUUCUUUGUUUACUGCUAGGUGAUAUAAUGGAUAUGUCAAGAUUGAGAGAUUCAUGAGGAAGCAAAAUAGAUUUUUGCUAUUGUUCCCAAUGCCUCCAUGGAUCAAAUAUUAUUAAUUCAUUAUGUUAUUUCUCUC